GUGGGAUUAUAAAGUCAUUACAGCAGAAUUUAUAGGAACUAAAUAAGCAUUCAUCUCUAUUUAUGUGACUGCACUUUAAAUCGGUAGUUUUCUUUUGUUUUUGUUGGGGUUAUAUUAUCAUACAUGGCCGUCACUCUCACUCCCCCAUUCUUGUGCGCGAGACUGAGCUAAUUCCAUUCCUUUGUACUGUGGAGUAUACAGUGCUGCUCUCUCUGUGUAAAACCCGAUCGUGCCCUCAAUCUCACAGCAUAUAGAUACAAUAUAAUAAGCUCCUCUUUGGCAUUCAAGAGUCGCAGAAACUGGGCGUUGGUUUUGUUUAAUGUUUUAGUGCUUUUGUGUUGGAAAUGGUGUGGGUUUAGUGAGUUUUAAGCAUUGUGUUGAUUUUGAGGGGAAAGUUUGAAUCUUUUUGGGUGUUUUAGUGGUGGAAUGGCUCCGUUUGGGUGGUGGGCUAAGGAGAGCCAUGUGGGAACCCCUGUGGUGGUGAAAAUGGAGAACCCGAAUAAUUGGUCAAUGGUGGAGCUCGAAGGGGCAUCGGAGGAGGAUUUUCUUUGCGCCGCCGCCGCCGAUGACGACCACGAUCCCUCAAUGCCCGCCGCCCGCCGCCGCCGGGAGAAGGUACGGAACAAGAACGCCAAGCAGCUAACUUGGGUGCUCCUCCUCAAGGCGCAUAAAGCCGCCGGCUGCCUGACCUCCAUUGCCGCCGCAUUGCUCGGCCUCGCCUCCGUCGUGCGCCGCCGCCUCGCCUCCGGGAGGACCGACCGCACCGACAGCGGCGCCUCCGCGGAGAAGACCCGGUUCUUCUCCUGCAUAAAGGUCUUCCUCUGCUUAUCUUUAGUCCUGCUAGGGUUUGAGAUAGCCGCAUAUUUUCAAGGCUGGCACUUCACCGCCGCCGAUCUUCAAAUACAGUAUCUCUACACUUUAACUAACCCUCCAUUUGAAGUUAAGGGUUUGUUUGAUUGGAUUUAUUCCAAGUGGGUUUUAGUUAGGGUGGAAUAUCUUGCUCCCCCACUUCAAUUCUUGGCCAAUUUCUGCAUUGUCCUGUUCCUUAUCCAGAGCUUGGAUAGGCUAAUCCUUUGCCUGGGUUGUUUCUGGAUCCGGUUUAAGAAGAUAAAACCAAUUGCUAAACAAGGAGCCAUGGAUCUGGAAGGGGGUGAAGGGGCUGGUUACUUCCCCAUGGUUCUAGUUCAGAUCCCCAUGUGCAAUGAAAGAGAGGUCUAUCAGCAAUCGAUAGCGGCCGUGUGUAGCUUAGAUUGGCCUAAAUCGAGCUUCUUGAUUCAAGUUCUUGAUGAUUCUGAUGAUUCCGAGACUCAGUCGUUGAUUAACGACGAGGUGCAUAAAUGGCAGAAGGAAGGCGCCAACAUUGUGUACAGGCAUAGAGUGAUUCGGGAGGGAUAUAAGGCCGGGAAUCUUAAGUCCGCCAUGAAUUGCAGCUAUGUCAAGGACUACGAAUUCGUUGUCAUAUUCGAUGCUGAUUUUCAGCCAGCCCCGGAUUUUCUUAAAAGAACAGUUCCUUAUUUCAAGGAUAACGAGGACCUAGGGCUAGUUCAGGCGAGGUGGUCAUUUGUGAACAAGGAUGAAAAUCUGCUAACGAGGUUGCAGCUCAUUAACUUAGCAUUUCAUUUCGAAGUGGAGCAGCAGGUGAACGGGAUUUACCUAAAUUUCUUUGGGUUUAACGGGACUGCUGGAGUGUGGAGGAUAAAAGCGUUGGAGGAGUCGGGUGGAUGGUUGGAAAGGACGACGGUGGAGGAUAUGGAUAUUGCUGUCCGGGCUCACCUCCAUGGAUGGAAAUUUAUCUUUCUUAACGAUGUCGAGUGUCAAUGUGAGUUGCCGGAGUCUUAUGAAGCGUAUAGGAAACAACAACAUAGGUGGCAUUCGGGGCCCAUGCAAUUGUUCCGUCUUUGUUUGCCUGACAUCAUUAACUCAAAGAUCAGCAUUUGGAAGAAAUCCAAUUUAAUUUUCCUAUUCUUCCUCUUGAGGAAGUUGAUUCUACCGUUUUAUUCCUUCACUCUUUUUUGCAUUAUUCUCCCCAUGACAAUGUUCAUUCCUGAGGCUACACUUCCAUCGUGGAUCGUCUGCUACAUCCCCGCCACCAUGUCGUUUCUCAACAUACUUCCAGCCCCGAAAUCUUUCCCUUUCAUCGUCCCUUACCUUCUAUUCGAGAACACAAUGUCCGUCACUAAGUUCAAUGCCAUGAUAUCGGGGCUUUUCCAACUCGGGAGUGCGUAUGAGUGGGUUGUGACGAAAAAGCUCGGGCGAUCCUCCGAGGGCGAUCUCGCCUCGUUGGUCGAUGAAAAACCGAAACCCCAACGAGGGGUAUCUGUACCUGAUUUAGUCGAGUUGCGGGAGGAAAUGAAGCAGAAGGAACAGAAGGCUUCCCGCAAAAAGAAGUACAACCGGAUAUACACGAAAGAACUAGCCCUCGCUUUCCUCCUUCUCACAGCUGCAGCGAGGAGCCUCAUGUCCGCUCAGGGCAUCCAUUUCUACUUCUUGCUGUUCCAAGGCGUAUCCUUCCUUCUCGUCGGAUUGGACCUGAUCGGGGAACAGGUAGACUAAAAAAACACGGUUUAAUUAGCAGCCUCGAGUGAAUAUGUAGUUCAAGUGGACAGUCAAGUUGGUGUAUAUACACGAUCCCGGGGGGAAAUAAUGGAGAGACGAAAAACCCACGCCUAUACUCGUACUCUCCUCCCUCCAACGCACCCGUGCCUGCUGAAGUUGCAAACAAAAUACGAUUGCUCCAACACUGCAGCUUCGAAAAGAAUGGUAUUUUCUUGUUAAUUACUACUACUUCUGUCUUGUAAUUUUUAUUUUUCUGUUUUGGGGUAUUCUUUUGUAAGAAGAAUUUGUCGGUCGAAACAUUAAACACGGGGGUUAGAUACAGUUGAUAUAGUAGUAGUAGUAGGGGGAGGGGGAUGCAAUAAUUCAUUGUCAUCAUCAAUUUAUUUCCAUAAUUUCAUUAGAGGGGUUUGAUGGUGGAGCCAAUCCUCAAGAAAAGGACUUGUGUAGAUUCUUGAAAUCUUAGGUGAAGGGGAGAUAUUGUGUAUGUGGACAACAAAGUUUGCCCCAUUUGAAGCACAUUCUUUUCAUAUUAUCUACAUUUUAUGAUGUUGUUGCUCCU